UUAAAAUUAGACUAGUUAGGGUUCAUUUCGAUUUUGAUACAUACAUAUAAUGAGAGGACCUAAUACAAUGGUUAAGGAUCACAAAGAGAAAAGUAGCAAGUGCAACAAUAAUAAUAAUACUAGUACUAUUAGUAGUAAGAACAAUAACAAUCAUGUAGUGAAAUUGAGGAAAGGAUUAUGGUCACCCGACGAAGAUGAUAAACUUAUGAAUUACAUGUUGAGGAAUGGGCAAGGGUGUUGGAGUGACAUUGCGAGGAAUGCCGGCCUCCAAAGGUGCGGUAAGAGCUGCCGCCUUCGAUGGAUUAAUUACCUCCGCCCUGACCUUAAGCGAGGCGCUUUCUCUCCUCAAGAGGAACACCUUAUUCUCCACCUUCAUUCCGUCCUUGGUAACAGGUGGUCUCAAAUUGCAGCCCGUCUUCCAGGGCGAACCGACAACGAAAUCAAGAAUUUUUGGAACUCCACCAUUAAGAAAAGAUUGAAACAAAACAACAAUUGUAACAACAACAAUAACAAUGUAUCAUCAAUGGAUGAUCCAAGCAGCUUGCUAAGCGACACCACCGAUAUAAUGAACCCUAUUCAUCACCACAACAACUAUGUAAUAGGUCAAGAAGUAAUGUUUCCAUCAUCUAUGAACGAUCAUGCAACAAGUCAUCAUCAUCAUCAAGGUUUCAUGACAUCUGCUGCUGCUUAUAACAACUUGUGCGGCAUAGAUUCAUCUAUAAUAUCAACCUCUCCUUCAUCUCCUUCGAUGCACACGGCCGCGAGCUCCAUAACUAGCGUGGCGACCAACCAAUUUGACAACUCUCUGCCUCCUCUUCUUGAGAGUAACGGUUAUGAGAUAAGUGUUAGCAUGUCCAAUUUUGCAUGCCUAGGACAACAACAAGAAAUGGUUGAUCACCAAGGUCAUUUUGGUAAUUUUGUGGGGUGUGACGACCAAAUCCAAGUAUUCCAUGAUCUUCAACACUUUGGUACACAAGCAGGAAUGAAUUAUAGCAACAACCAUAGUAGUAAUAUUAUCGCGAACACAACAACAACCAACACGAGUGAAAUGUUGUUCCAUAGGAAUAAAAUCUGCAACGAAAUCGUUAUAAGUGACAUUGAGAGUUGGGGUGAUAUGGUCAAAAUCGAUCAAGACGGAGGCAAUUAUAAUGGUAAUAAUUAUGGGAAUAAUGGUAAUAGUAAUGAUAAUGAUAAUAAUAACGGAAAAGAAGGAAACUUAAAAAUGGGAGAAUGGGAUAGUUUGGAGAGUUUGUUGGGAGAUGUUUCCUUUCCUUUCCUUGAAUUUCAAGUUUAAUCCCUCCUUAGCUUGGACAGACCUACCUUUUGUCUCUAGCGACCAAUCCGAAUUAUCUAGUAUUUAGGUACAUACGUGUCUAGUUCGUUACUUCCAUUUUUAUACAUACGGCCAUAAUUUUACACACAAAAUUUUGCCGGAUUACACCUACCUAGCUACGUUACAUACCCUUCGACUCCAUCUUAAUCAUCCUCAUCCUCAUCCUCAUCCUCAUCUUCAUCCGAUACUAUUAUCGAUCAUUUGUUUAUUAAGUUCCGUUAUUUUUGUCCUCUACUUGAAGAUUUUGCUUAGAAUAAACGAUAAUGCAAUAAGGAAAUAGAUAGGAAAGGAGUAAGUGUGAAUAGUGAAUUGUUGUUAUACACUUGUGGAGAAGAGAAUAAGUUUAGGUAGGAUAUACUGUAGAAUACUUGCACCUUUGUAUAAUGUUAAAUUGUUACUGUACAAAACAAAAAAGACAGAAUAAUUAAGCCAUUAAAAAAAUUGUAUACACAUUUGUUUUUCUUUUUCCAUAUUGAAAUGCUAAUUAGACAUACAUAGUAUAAAAUAUCUCUCUCAAAUUAAGCUAGUCAUCAUAUUUCUUUUUUUAGCACUUCUAAAAAUAAAUAAAAAAAAAAUUUGUAUUGUUACCUCUCCAUAAAUAGUUUUGUUUUAUGCCCCUAGCUAUAAGUACAUGAU